UUUAUUUUAAUAAAGAUGAAAGAGUAUUAUUAGAUAUCCACUGCGACUGCUAUGUAGAAUGUCCCUCCGAUGAUAUCAACAGCUUAGAGCCACGGCUAAUCCAGUUUUAACUGAAAUAGUUUCUACGAUUCAAUCGCCGGCGGAAGAUGAAUCCAUCAUCACUGCCGGCGGCUCCUAUCUCACCGGAUCUCCACCGUUCUUUUCCUCCAUCAUCAUCAUCACCAUCAUCAAACGGUGAGAAUAUUAGUAACAGUAAAAUGAACAAUGGUGGUGGUAACACUAAACAACAACCGCGUCGCCGAGUCUCUGCAGCCGGUAGGCCGGCUAAGCCAGAGAGGCAGCAGUCUUUUAGCCGAGAUAUCGGACAUGCAGCCUGCGAAACUUACUUGCUUACUCGCCUAACCUUCACUCUUCUUCGAUACCUCGGGGUAGGCUACCGGUGGAUUACAAGACUAGCUGCCCUCGCAUUCUAUGCUUUUUUACUUAUGCCUGGCUUCCUGCAAGUCUCUGCAGUUGCAUACUAUUAUUUCUUUUCAAGCCAGGUGCGCCGUAGUAUCAUUUAUGGAGAUCAACCCAGAAACAGGUUGGAUCUAUAUUUACCAGAAAAUAUGGAUGGGCCCAAGCCGGUUGUUGCAUUUGUAACUGGUGGUGCCUGGAUUAUAGGGUACAAAGCAUGGGGUUCUCUUCUAGGAAAGCAGUUGGCAGAAAGAGACAUCAUAGUUGCAUGUAUUGAUUACCGAAAUUUUCCUCAGGGAACCAUCAGUGAUAUGGUGAUAGAUGCUUCUCAGGGGAUUUCAUUUAUAUUUAACAACAUCUCAGAAUACGGAGGUGAUCCCAACAGGAUUUAUCUAAUGGGUCAGUCAGCUGGUGCACAUAUUUCGGCCUGUGUUCUGGUGGAUCAGGCAAUCAGAGAAGCCAGGGGAGGAAAGAGCAUUUCCUGGAGUGUCUCCCAGAUCAAAGCUUAUUUUGGUUUAUCCGGAGGAUAUAAUUUAUUCAAAUUAGUGGAUCACUUCAAUAAUCGGGGCCUUUAUCGCUCCCUUUUCUUAAGCAUAAUGGAAGGUGAAGAAUCCCUGCAUUUAUUUUCUCCUGAAGUUAGAAUAGAGUCCCCAAGCUUUAGACAUGCUGUUUCACUGUUGCCUCCGAUUACUCUUUUUCAUGGAAAUGCAGAUUAUUCCAUACCAUCAGCUUCCAGUCAAACUUUUGUAGAUGCUCUUCAGAGAUUAGGAGCUAAGGCUGAAUUAAUUUUAUACAAGGGAAAAACUCAUACAGACUUGUUUCUGCAGGAUCCUUUAAGAGGUGGUAAAGAUGACCUGUUCGACCAUAUAGUUGCUAAAAUACAUGCAGGUGACAAGGAUGCUCUUGCUAAGGAUGCCAUUGCACCUCCAAGAAGACGUCUUGUUCCUGAAUUAUUAUUAAGGUUGGCUGGUCAUAUCAGUCCAUUUUAGGUCUUUGAACUGCAGUUGGUUCGACAUGAAAUGUACAAGUUUUAUACUUUUCUAAGCCAGCUCCUUUUGUAUAUACCUUUUGCUAUUCAAGGCUGCUGAGCACAUGCCAUUCUUUGAAGGAACUCUUCCUGUAUUACUUGGAAAAUUGUAGAAUUUACUCGGCUAGUAUAAUGAAUGCUAGUGAUUUAGUUUUA